AUGCAAACUAUUCGAGACCUCAAACACAACUUCAGUAUUCCACCUCCGUCUGCAAUGGCUGGAGCAACAGACUCCUUUCACCAAGGGAACAUCAGGAUAACCCUGGAGGACCCUGAGCUCUGGAAGUCCUUCCAUGAGAUUGGUACUGAGAUGAUCAUCACUAAGCCUGGCAGGAGAAUGUUCCCUCAUUGUAAGAUAAAUAUUUCUGGACUUGUGCCCUAUGCAAAGUACAUCCUCCUGGUGGACAUUGUGCCUGAAGAUGGCUUCAGAUACAAGUGGAAUAAGGAUAAGUGGGAGGUGGCAGGUAAGGCUGAGCCACAGCCACCCUACAGGACCUACCUGCACCCAGACUCACCAGCUCCAGGAAGCCAUUGGAUGAAACAGUCUGUCUCCUUUCUCAAGCUCAAACUCACCAACAAUGCCCUCGACCAACAUGGACAUAUCAUCUUGCAUUCUAUGCAUCGCUACCAUCCCCGCUUCCACAUCGUGCAGGCUGAUGACCUCUACAGUGUACGCUGGAGUGUGUUCCAGACUUUCACCUUCCCAGAGACCUCCUUUACUGCUGUCACGGCAUACCAGAAUACCAAGAUUACCAAACUGAAAAUCGACAACAACCCCUUUGCCAAGGGAUUCAGAGAUGAGGGCAUGAACUCAAAAAGACGUGCAAACAGAGGCCCAGCUGAUACGGAGCGGCUGGCUAAGAGGCUGAACUCGUUGGUCAGGGACUCGGAUCAAGAUAGCUCACCGGAUUUGCGCCGCUCUUCCUACGAGGGACUGGCAGAGGCACAAGCUGGAUGCAAGGAGGGGGUUAAAGAGGAGCCGAAUUCUCCAUGGGGAGGGGCAUCUGAUAGGGAAAAUAGCCACAGCCUGGGUAGAGACUCCCCACUGGGCUCUAAUACUCGAGACAUAUACAGCUCUGAACAGCUUGUGCCAGGCCAUGGCACAUACCAACCUUACAGAUUUCCUGAUUACAACAAGUCCACAUCACCAACCUCCUCCAGCAUGAGCAGCAGUGCUGGGCGCUCCAGCUUUGAAUCACGAGUGCCUGACAUUGCCACCGUGCCUGAGCAGGACAGCAAAGUCACUGAUCUGGUUGUUCCACAGUGUCCUCCCCCUGCCACGGCUGGUGUGCAGGACUAUGCUGGGGUGCUGAAUGUAGCCGUGGCACAGGCUAAGCCAGGCAUGCUGGGACAUCAUGCACUCUAUGCACCCUACAGCACUGAUCAGACCCUAAGCCAGUGGAGCGGGACAAGCUCAGCCCAGUACCCAUCCCACCCGCACCAUCACCACCACUUAGCAGCAGACUACGGGACCCAAGCUGUCCAUCACGGCUACCAUCAUGCCAACAUGGCCGACUGGAGCCAAUACCCGCUCUUCUCAUACUCCUGUUGGUGAUCAGAGAAACACCACAAAGUGAGUAGACUCGAGGCUUGCUCAGCCUCCUUGGCGCCAAAGUGGAAAUCAGAAAAGCGCACAAGAAGUUUGCAGAGAGACCGAGAUUAGUCAAACUUCAAGACAAAACUAGUGCUGACUGCAUGAUGGUCAAAUGAUCUAAAAGAGAUGUAUGUUUAGCUAGUGUCGUGCUUCCAAUUUAAAAUGUAUUAGCUGCUUACUUGGCACCCGAAAAGGACUGAGUUUCUUUCGAAAUGGCUGAAAUAUGGGUGUGUUUAUUUAUUUAGUGAAUGCUUUCACUGCUGCUUAAUAUUAUUUUUGUAAAAAAAAAAA